UUGCAUUCCAAAAUAGAGAACAUUCGCUUGCUGUACCGUAAAGUUAAAUUUAGUGAUUGUAACGGUUUUCAAAUUUUAAUAAGCGAACUUCAUGAACUGUGAUCGUGUUUUUGACCGUUUCGUUCUUCAAUAAAACGAUUGGACACAACGUAUGCCACGGGUAGAAAUGAGCGGAUUGACCGUCAGAGUUAAAAGGGGAUCGAGGGGUAGUGCCACACUUCUUGAAGCCGCCAACAGAAUUCUGCGACUACUCGGCGUUAACUCCGCGAAGCGCGGGAAACAGCCAUCGCCCAAAUCUAAGCCAAACGGCCGAGCCGGAAGCGAAGUUCGCGCUCCAAUAGCGGCGUCCGAGUCCGCGACGGAGUCGCCGGUUAAAAUGCAGGCGUCGCAGACGGCUGCGGCCCCGGCGCCCGCGCGCCCCUCGGCGCCCGCGCCCUCGCACCCAUACAGGCCCACCAAGCGCACCGCCAAAGAUUACAUAUUUGGCAAACUAAUCGGCGAAGGCUGCUACAGCACUGUAUUCCUCGCGAAGGACAUUCACACCGGAAAGGAAUAUGCAAUCAAGGUAUGCGAGAAACUUCAUAUAAUAAGACACAAGAAGCGUGAAUACAUAGAACGCGAGAAAGAGGCCCUAAACAAACUGUUCAAAGCCCCACAUGGUUUCGUGAAGCUGUACUGCACGUUCCAGGACGACGAGAGAUUGUAUUUCGUACUGUCGUAUGCCAAGAACGGCGAACUGUUGUCUUAUAUAAACAAAGUAGGCUCCUUCGAGCUCAACGUAGCUAAAUUUUAUGCUGCCGAGCUAUUGCUGGCACUAGAGCGUAUGCACGCUGAAGGUAUUAUUCACCGUGAUUUGAAACCGGAAAACAUAUUACUUGAUGAAAAUAUGCAUUUACAAAUAACCGAUUUCGGGACGGCUAAAAUAUUGCCCCCCGAAGAGAUCAGGUCGAACGCGCCGUGCACGGUGCCGGCGGAGUCGGACGACGACAGUUCUGACAAAAAUGACCGCUCUAGAAAAAUAAGUUUCGUGGGAACCGCGCAGUACGUGAGCCCGGACCUGCUGCAGAACCGCGUUAACACACGCGCCUCUGACUUGUGGGCCUUUGGCUGCAUCGUGUACCAAAUGAUAUCGGGCCUGCCGCCUUUCCGCGCGGCAGCCGAGUUCCUCACCUUCCAGAAAAUACUCAAAAUGGAUUACGAUUUUCCCGAAGGCUUCCCGGCGGACGCCAAGGAUUUAGUGGAAAAACUGCUAGUUUUAGAUCAUACAAAGAGGCUAGGGGCCGAUGACAAGGCCACGUAUGAGAGCAUCCGCAACCACCCAUUCUUCGAGGGCAUCGACUGGGACAACAUCUGGGAGCAAACGCCGCCGACCAUCAGCCCAUACCUGCCCGGCGGCUCCUUCGAAGCGGCUGAAGAAUACACGGUACCCGACCACCUCGAGCCCGGCCUCGGAAACAAUCAACUCGUCCGCCUUUGGGAAUUUGACUUAUCGACCUCUAGUGGAAUUUUAAACAUAAGCCCUGAAGAAAGACGUCGCCGUCUUGAGGUUCAAGCUCGCGAAAACAAAUGGCACCAGUUCGUCGGCGGAGAAUUGAUUUUGAAGCAGGGCCUAGUGGAAAAGAGGAAAGGCCUGUUCGCGCGGCGCCGCAUGUUGCUGCUCACCACCGGACCCCGCCUGUUCUACGUCGACCCAGUCAACAUGGUCCUCAAGGGCGAAAUACCCUGGUCGCCGGAGCUACGCGUCGAAGCAAAGAACUUUAGAAUAUUUUUAGUACACACGCCAAACCGCACAUAUUACUUAGAAGACCCGGAGUCGUACGCGCUAGAGUGGGCGCGCGUCAUCGAUGAAGUGCGCAUCGGCACAUACGGCCGCGACACGACCUAAGCUCCGAGGCCGGACUGUGCACACUCCUAGGACAUUAAAUAGCCUUCAUUUCGAGCACGAGAAUCAUCUAGAAGAUAAUUCGCCGCGACGGUACGCCUAGCAAAUGCCAUGAAAUGGAAAGGGGCGACUCACACGCGAAGCGUCGCUGAGCCGAGUGCCGCGUCCGCUACGGAGCGCCCGCCCGCGUCCCUCCCAACGAUGCGCUGCGGACGGUAGAGGACGGUCAGGGACGGUAGCGGACGGUCAGGGACGGUGGCG